AUGAUACAGACGAGUGUUGUUACAAAUGUUAAAAAUCAAAAUAUAGAUGGAUUAGAAGAUGAAGAACUAGAUGGACAUAUUGAAGGAUCUGACAGAAUGGAUGAUACGGUGGCGAUCGAGAUGGAACGUAUUGAUGAGACUUAUGAGAUCAAGAAUUCAUAUGCAAGGGAUCGAAAGAAGCCAGCGCAUCUUCUUGAUGGGCAUAUGUUUGUGAAACGUGGGGAAGUGAAUGCAAUACUAGGACCCAGUGGAAGUGGAAAGACUACGAUGAUGACCAUGGCAGGAUGCAUGUGUGAUUAUAGUAUAAGCACGUAUGGUGAAGUAAGAUUUAAUGGAAAGAAGAAGCAUAAACUGGAUCAUGCGCUGGAUAUUGCAUAUAUGCCUCAGCAUGAUGAUCUGGAGUUGCUAUCUGAGCUGACAGGACGAGAGUUUAUCCAAUUCACUGUUGCUAAGAGUAUGACAGAUGAGAAGCGGAAUGGAAUGACAGAUGAGGAGAUUGUAGAAGACAUAAUCAAUACAUUUAAUAUGAGAGAAUUUACAAAUCGUCCUCUUAGGAAACUGUCUGGAGGACAGCGGCAAAGGAUCAGGAUUGCAGAAGUGCUUGUGCGAAGGGCAGCGUAUACAUUCUUUGACGAGCCUACUACGGGAUUGGAUGCAAAUACUGCGCCUAAUAUUAUCAAAGCGAUUAAGAAUUAUGCAGAGAAGCACAACAUAGGGGUGGUGAUAUCGAUACAUCAGCCGUCGGAUUCGAUGUGUAAGGAAUUUCAUAAUAUUUUUAUUAUGGCUGAGGGAGUUACGGUAUAUGGAGGAUUGUAUGGAAACAGCCUUUUUGAAUGUCUUGACAAAGAAGCCAUGGAGCUACAGGAGCAGGAAGCAAUUGAAAGAGGAGAAAGGAAUGACAAUCCAGUUAGGAUUGCGUAUACUGAUGAAAUAUGUAAAAGCGGGAUUUCUAUGCCUGACUUUAUUGCAUCGAUUACGUCUAAGGAGGUAUCGCAUUAUAAGAAUGAAGAUCUACAAAGACAGAAGGAAGUGAUUGGAAGAUUAAUUAAGGCCAAGAGGAAAAGAGCGAUUGAAAGAGCAGAAGAGUAUAAUACAGUGAUUGGAGUGAAAGAUUACGAUUGUGACAUGAAGCCCAGUAUAUCACAAGUAUGGAACAACAUUGUGACUGGAAUAAAGGUGUAUUUGAGUAAAGCGGGCGUCAUUCAAAGGAUGUUUCUUACUUCUUUGUUUGUUUUGGGGACGAUAAUCAUUACAUAUGCAAUGUUUAAGCAGAAAGUGAAGUAUGUAAAUGGGAUUGAAAUGAUAAUGACAAAAACAACCCCUGAACAGAAAUUUACAGAUACAUUUAUGGGCAUACAUACAGUAUCUACUGAAGGCAUUAUAAUGGGCAUUGAGCCAAAGGGUUUGCGCAUGUUGAUUGGAUUUACUAAAGCGACCAACAUGAUGGUAUUGUUCGCGCUGAUGUCGAUUGGGGUGUAUUUGUAUAUUAAGCAGAUGCUUAGGUACAUUUCAAGGGAUGGAAAGAUAAGGAGGUCAAGCCCUGUGAACACUUAUCUAUCGAUGCUGCUUUUCCAUGCAUGUACGAUGGGAUUGUUUAUAACCAUAGUUAUAUUUUCUAUGGUUGUGAUAUGCACUAAGAAAACGUCGAUAGAGUUUAGUGUAUUGGAGUACCUUAAGUUUUUUGGAUGGAUAUAUGGAUGGGUGAUGCUGACUUUUCAUCAGUUGCUGUUUUUAUGUACUACGCUUAACCUAGAAGGAGGGUCUCCUGGUGCUAUGGCUACGAUAGGAAAAAUAGUAUUUUUCUGCAUAGCCUUUAUAGCAUUUUUUGAAGGAAUUGUUGGACCAAUACUAUCUGGUUUACUUAAGAAGUUUAUGGAUAUAGCUCAAAUCUUUCCAAAAGAAACCGCCGGAAAUAUUUUAAAGCUUACUUUUAAGAGUUGGCUGGGCAGGAUAGCUACUGGAGAUGACAACAUAGUGGAUGUAAGUGGAGAGACGAUGUCGAUUCCCAAUUUGAUACCGCCACUACGAUGUACGUUUUUUACAGGUUUUGGUUUUUUGCCAUCGUGGUUACUGCAAAUAUUGCGAUGGGUUUGGAUGUUUUUGACGCCUAUCAACACGUUUCUGAACUAUGCAAAGUAUAGUUUACUGCCUGCUGAAAUCCAAGAUGUAGUUGUAAAAAAUUCCGGAACUAUUUAUGGGACGAUUCAUCCAAAUAUAAGGUCGCUGGGAUAUGCGUUUUUCUCUGCAUUUGGAUUUGCGGUGUUUAUGAUUGGGUUUUUGUGCGUAUCGACGUGUUUUAUAAUACGAAAUCUGUUGAAUGAUUGCACGCACAACCAAAGAAUUGAAAUCGCCGGGAAUGAUGGUAAGAAGCAGGUAAUUGAAGAGAAAAGAAAAGGUGGAGAAGAACAGCAAAAUCAAGGAGAAAAGGACGAUGAAAAUGAAAAUGAAAUUGAUGAAAACCAAGAAGAACAGGAAAAUGAAAUCAAGGAAAGUACGAAAUCUUGGUUUUCACGCUCAGGGCCAUUGUUUGCAAGCGUUUCAUUUAUAUUGGUGCUUUUUGUAGUGGUAAGCAUGGUUAUUAUUCUUUGCAUGAAUAAGAUUUCGAAUGGAAAUGACAGUAAUGUCAAGAAGUACAUACAUGAUGAAACUAAGAAAAUAAUUAUUAACAACUUGAAGGAUAUAGCAGUAAUAACAUCUAAGGUUAAUCCUGAUCUGAUUACCAAGAUUAUUAAUAAUCACAUAUCAGAAAACAAAGAAGCAACUGAAGAACAGAACGCGGCAAUAACAAACAUCAAUAGUACAAACCAAGAACAGAUAAAGGAAGUGAAGAAUUUUGAAAAAUCAAUACUUCAAAUUAUGAAUGCCAAGAUCGAUAGUAGGGAGCAGAAUGAAAAUCUUAAGGAUACAAAUGAUUAUCGAUGGAAAUCGAUUGAAGCAAGGGACUAUUUUAAAGCUAAUAUUAAGGUUCUGAAAGAAAAUAAUGGUAUGCAAUGGCAAAAAACAGAAAGUAAUAAUGGGAUAGAUGAUCCGACUUUUGAAACCUUUUUAUAUAAUGCGGACCUCCAAAUAGAACCGUUUAUAGAUGAGUAUAAACAUAAGCUUGGAAAGAAAUUAAACCACAAUCUCUUGAACGAACUUAAGGAAAGGAAAAAAGAAUAUAAGGUUGUUGAUGAAAUUAUUAGUGAGAUUAGACAGGAUUGUUCUUUAAUGAAGGGCAUGGAUGAAUUAACUUUCAAAGCUAUUGAAAAGAAUAUGUCGAGAUGCAAGGAUGAAAUGAAGGAAAAUAGAAUAAUGAAGAUUGAUCUAGAAAAAGAAAUCAAAAGGAUUCUGAGUAUUGAUGAUUUGUAUUUGCAUCAUAAAGAUAAGAUAUUUAUUUGCUUGAUGAUGUUUAAAGGAACACGUGAUAUGGAAGAAAUAUUUGAUAUAAUCAGGAGCCAGGAUGGGUAUACUGAAGAUAUGAUUAAUCAUGCUAAAAAAAUGUUUAAAAAGCAAAGGAUGAUUGACAUAGCAGUAGAAAAGAUUGGAUGUCAAUUAAAAGUUCAUAAUAAUUCGUGUGAAGGAAUUGCUAAAGAAAUCAGUAAUGAGAUAAUAGAGUGUGAGGUUGAAGAGCAAAUCAAGGAAGAAAGAAGAAAGGCAGGAGAAAUUACACUUAAUAAAAUUAAAUUAGACAUUAUAAAGCAUACAAUAAUUAAUAGGAUCAAAAAACAGUCAAAAUCAAAUAAUAACAGUAUUAACGAAAAAAUAUUUAAUGAUAUUCAUAACAAUGAUAUAAUAAACUUUAAAAGUAAUGAAGAAAUUGAACUUAAUCAAGAUAAAUAUAAUAGUUUAAAUGGAUUUAAUAAUGAGAAGGAGAAAAAUUUGUUAUUAGGUAUAAUUCAGACAGAGAUAAACAUGCAUAAUAAUGUCAAUUCCGUUAAAUCAAAGAAGGCAGAACAAGAAAAAAAUAUUAAAUCCGUACUUGAAGAAAUUAAAGAAAACGUGAAGAAUAUAGAGGCGGGUUUAAGUCGUUUUAGACGCGGUGGAUUAUUGACUACUAGUAUAAUUAAUCAAUUUAACAAAAGAUGUAAUUUAAUAAAGAACCCCACUAUAGAAGCCAUACUCAUGAUACUUGAUGAAGAAAUAAGAAAGGAGAAAAAUGAAAACUUGAAAAACGAGUUUAAUAAUAAUGGAAUAAAUUUUAAAAACGUUGAAGAGUAUAUUAAAGAAGAAGAAAUGAUUGGUAAUGAAAAGAUAUUUGAAAUAAUCAGAGAAAAGAUCAAUGAGGAGAAACCAUAUGAUAAAAAAAUACAAAGCGCAGUGAAACAAAUACUUGAAAAUAAUGAUGGAGAUGAAUAUGAUAAAAUAACAGAAGUGAUAAAAUCAAAUCUACAAGAAGGGCGUGUAUUUUACAAAAAUAUAAUUGAUGGAGAUUCUCUUGUUGCAAUUAAUCAAGAUGUUUAUUCAAAUAUAUUUCUUAACGCACUUAUAAAUGCUGAGAAUGAGCUUUUUGAGCAAAUGCCUUACUUUGUGGUUCAAUCGAUGAUUUUAAGUAAGACAGGAAAGAAGGAAGCUAGCACGAGUCAGAUUAAUGAUUAUAUUGAUGAGAAGUCAUCAAACUAUAAUGAGUAUUAUGCAGAUGCUUUUGAACAGAUAGGAGGAAUAUGUGGGCUGAAAGGAGUAUUUAAAGCAGGAGGAUAUGAUUUCUCGCAUAGUAAAUAUUUUGCUAAUAGAAACAAUUUUGGUGAAUCAUAUACGAAGUUGGUUGAUGAACUAUAUAAGUUUAUAUCUAAUGAGCAUUUAUCUAAUGAGCAUAUACGUAGUAGUGGAAUUGACAAGUGUUUGCGAUCAAUUGUUGAAUUUUCUCAGAUUAUUAAUCCGCAAAAACAGCGGGAAAUGCAACAAAAAACAGGUGGUACGCGAAAACUUUAUGAAGCUAUGGAUCCUCGACACAAAGAGCUGUUUGAUUUGAUGUUGAGCAAGAACUUUUUUGAUAAGAAUGUAAUUAAUAUAAUUGAUUAUAUAAAUAAGUAUGAAAGUGGUGGUAAGCUUGCAAAAGCAAGCUCUUUUAUGAAAAGUAUGUCCAAUGCCUACCAGACUCUAGACACGCUUUUAAAAGCUGCCGGGAAGAAUCAAAAUAUUGAUAAAUUAUUUAAUAGCAAAGAGCUUAAUGAUGUAAUUGGCAUGUGUGUGGAAUAUAUUUCGAACAAGCAAAAUGAAAGGGUUAAUACAUGGUAUUUACGUGUGUAUUAUGAGUUUAUGGUGAAAGGCUUUAAAACAGAAUUGGAUAAAAUGACUGAAAAGAUAAAUGAAGAGAUAAAUGAAAAGAAAAUGCCUAUGAGUGUCAUUGCUAAUAAAACACCGGGAAGCAAAUCUGGUCAAAAAAAUAUUCUGAAUUAUCUUGCCUAG